AUGGCAAGUUGCAAUCUUAAAGAAAGAUCCAAAGAAAGCGUGUACGUUUGUGGUGGUACACUGGUCGACUCCCUUCACAUCAUUACUGCGGCUCACUGCGUUAAAAGUUACACCCCUCAUGACUUGAGAGUUCGUCUUGGUGAAUGGGACGUAAACCACGAUGUGGAAUUCUAUCCGUACAUCGAAAGAGAUGUUUCGCUGGUUCAGGUCCAUCCUGAAUUCUACGCUGGAACGCUUUACAAUGACUUGGCUGUUCUACGAAUGGACAAACCGGUAGACUGGACCAAACACCCACACAUCAGCCCUGCCUGUUUGCCAAAUCCACACGACGACUACACCACAGGCACAAGAUGUUGGACCACCGGCUGGGGAAAAGAUGCCUUUGGAGACUUUGGCAAAUACCAAAACAUUCUUAAGGAGGUCGACGUGCCAAUUAUUAAUCACGGCAUUUGUGAGAGACAAAUGAAACAAACCAGAUUGGGAUACGACUUCCAACUGCACCCAGGAUUUAUUUGCGCCGGUGGCGAAGAAGGCGAAGAUGCUUGCAAAGGAGACGGAGGUGGUCCGAUGGUUUGUGAACGUGGAGGUACCUGGCAAGUUGUUGGUGUUGUCAGUUGGGCUAUUGGCUGUGGUCAACCAAGCGUUCCUGGAGUGUACGUUAAAGUUGCUCACUAUCUCGACUGGAUCAGGCAAAUCACUCAGUGA